GGAGCGCGCCCGUGAGCCCCGAGCCGCGCCGGCGUCGCUCGUGUCGGGAGCGAGCAGGUCCGUGAGCAGCUCAGGUGGUGGAGCAGGAGGAGGAGCCGGGGGCUCGGUUCUCUAACUAUGGCACAAGUAGAGAAACGAGGAGGCUUGCUUCGGAAAUCUUCAGCCUCCAAGAAACCACUAAAGGAAAAAGUGGUGCUGAUGUACGAUGAGAUUCUCAUGACAGAGGACCCCAGUAAGUGCAGUCCUCGGUUUUGGGAGGAGCUUUUCCUUAUGAAGGUGAAUUUAGAGUACCUGGAAGGCAAGCUAGAAUCUCUUGAUGGUGAGGAGUUAAUGAAGAUCAAGGACAAUAUUAAUUGCUUAUUUCAACACUGCAUCCAGGCUCUGGGAGAAGAGCAUCCAAUUCGAGUAGUCAAUGCAUUGCAGACCUUGUGUGCACUUAUUCGAGGAGUUCACCAAAAGAAUAAGUCUACCUCUGGAUUUGAUAUUAUCAACAUGCUGAUGGGCUUUGACAAAGCGGAGCUCUGCAUGAAGAACUUAAUGGAGAGUUUGGACUCACUGCUUUGUGCUGAAGGCUCUGAAAGCCUGAAGAGUUUAUGUCUGAAACUUCUUCUUUGCUUGGUGACCGUGACAGACAACAUCAGCCAGAACACUAUCCUGGAAUAUGUAAUGAUUAAUAGCAUAUUUGAAGCAAUUUUACAGAUACUUUCCCACCCUCCAAGUCGUAGAGAGCAUGGAUAUGAUGCUGUUGUCCUCUUGGCUUUGCUGGUAAACUACAGAAAAUAUGAGUCUGUGAACCCUUAUAUUGUGAAGCUGUCUAUUGUGGAUGAUGAGGCUACACUCAAUGGAAUGGGGCUUGUGAUUGCUCAGGCUUUAUCUGAGUACAACAGACAGUAUAAAGACAAGGAAGAAGAACACCAGAGUGGUUUUUUCUCUGCUUUAACAAAUAUGGUGGGCAGCAUGUUCAUAUCAGAUGUCAAUGAGAAGAUCUCAGUACAGACCAAUGAAGCUAUUCUUUUGGCACUUUAUGAAGCUGUUCAUUUAAAUCGCAACUUCAUCACAGUAUUAGCUCAGAGUCAUCCGGAAAUGGGGCUGGUGACAACCCCUGUCAGUCCUACUCCAACAACCCCAGUCACACCACUUGGAACCACUCCACCCUCUUCUGAUGUUAUAAGUUCUGUGGAACUCCCACUGGAUGCAGAUGUACAGACCAGUAAUCUGCUGAUAACCUUCUUAAAGUAUAGCUCAAUUGUCAUGCAGGACACUAAAGAUGAACACAGGCUACAUAGUGGCAAGCUCUGUCUGAUCAUCCUUACGUGCAUUGCCGAGGACCAGUAUGCCAAUGCAUUUUUGCACGAUGACAACAUGAAUUUUCGAGUAAACUUACAUAGAAUGCCGAUGAGACACAGGAAGAAGGCAGCAGACAAGAACCUUCCCUGUCGUCCUCUAGUGUGUGCAGUACUGGACCUGAUGGUAGAGUUUAUUGUAACACACAUGAUGAAGGAGUUUCCUAUGGAUCUCUAUGUACGCUGUAUUCAGGUUGUUCAUAAACUACUUUGUUAUCAGAAGAAGUGUAGAGUUCGCCUGCAUUACACCUGGCGGGAACUCUGGUCAGCCUUGAUAAAUUUGCUGAAGUUUCUUAUGUCAAAUGAAACUGUGCUUUUGGCCAAACACAACAUUUUUACAUUAGCCCUUAUGAUUGUGAACCUAUUUAAUAUGUUUAUCACAUAUGGAGACACAUUCCUGCCAACCCCCAGCAGCUAUGAUGAACUUUACUAUGAAAUUAUCCGCAUGCACCAAAGCUUUGACAACCUCUACUCCAUGGUCCUCAGGCUGUCUACCAACGCAGGACAGUGGAAGGAAGCAGCUAGCAAAGUGACUCACGCAUUGGUUAAUGUCAGAGCCAUCAUCAACCACUUUAAUCCAAAAAUUGAGUCCUACGCUGCUGUGAAUCACAUAUCUCAACUGUCAGAAGAGCAGGUACUAGAGGUGGUUCGAGCCAACUACGACACACUCACACUGAAGCUGCAAGAUGGACUGGACCAGUAUGAGCGCUACUCGGAGCAGCACAAGGAAGCUGCCUUCUUCAAAGAGCUGGUUCGAUCCAUUAGCACCAACGUCCGAAGGAAUCUGGCCUUCCACACACUCAGCCAGGAGGUCCUGCUAAAGGAGUUCUCCACUAUCUCCUGAGGCCACACCACCUGACAGCCACUGACUGCCCUUACCCAUGAGGCCCCUGGGCUGGAGGGGAGCGCAGGGAGUGGGGACUGCCUCCAAGACGGGGAAGAAGGAGACAUGACAGGAGUCUCUUGGUGAAGGCCGUACUUCUGUGGAGCUUGGACAGCAGGGGCCAACCCAGGAUGAUCUUAUUUGGGGAAGAAUUGGUGGGCAAAGAGUAUGGGAUUUCAGGUUCAGCUCCUUGGACACUGCCUCAGACAUCCCAUGGAGAUUACAAACUGGUGGGGCAAGCCUCAUCAUUCUGAUGGCCAAUGGCUUGUCUUGGCUUCUGAAAACACAUUAGUUUUCAGAUAUUGCUGGAACCACACAUCCUAUUUCUUUGGACCUAGGACAGAGCUAGGCUGUGUCUACUGCCCCCACUGUACUGUGUCUAGUCCUUAGCACCCUUAGCUCUGGUUGAGGGUAGGUCCGGAAUGGAUACCAUUUUUCUGCUCUCUAAAUCAAAGUGGAUGCCUCUGAGAAGUUGAAAUUGGAAUGUGCCAGGUGCUCUGCGGUCCGACCACUGCUUUCUGAAUUUUCGUUUUGGCACCAGAAGUACCUGUUGGCUUUCCCUUGCCGCCAACCACUGACUCCUCAGCACAAUAGGCCCACAACCUUAGCCUUUCGUUUUUAGUCUGUUUUAAGCUGUCUUAAGGGUAUGUGUGAAAUAAACCUUGACAGGUUUUCUGGAGCCCUCAA